GGUUUAUUUCUAUAUUUAUAAGGAUUAGUUUCGUCUCUUACAUUUUUAUUAUUUCUAAUGGGUGCUUGGUUAGCGAAAUUAAAGCAUAUUAUCGGAUUUAUCCCUGAUAAUCGAAAAAUCCGUGUUUUGAUACUUGGCUUAGAUAAUGCGGGGAAAACUUCUAUUCUUUAUAAGCUCCACUUAGGCACUGUGACUUCAACCGUGCCUACCGUAGGUUUUAAUCUGGAAACUGUUGAAUACAAAAAUAUUUCCUUUGAAGUUUGGGACUUGGGUGGACAGUCUGGUAUUCGACCAUAUUGGAGGUGUUACUUUAGCGAUACGGAUGCAGUUGUCUAUGUCGUCGAUAGUACGGAUAAGGAUCGAAUGGGUGUUGCAAAGUAUGAGUUGUAUGGUCUUCUUGACGAAGAUGAGCUUCGCAAGAGUGUCUUACUAAUAUUUGCCAACAAGCAAGAUUUGCCUGGUGCUUCUAGUGAGGUUGAAGUUAUGCAGCAACUGGGUGUUACUUCUAUUAUAGAUCGGCCUUGGACAGUCAUCAAGUGCAGCUCUAAAACCGGGGAAGGACUUGUCGAAGGGAUGGAUUGGUUGGUUGACAAAUUGCGUGAGAAGGGCCUUGUGUCUGAUGAAUGAGUAGCACAUUAAACACACAUUACCAUCUUUAUGUUUGUCUUCAUUAAAUUUGGUUUAGAUCCAAGGAUGUGAAUCGAAAUGCAUUCAGGCCAUAUAUUUUUAUGCGUCCUUUAUUAUGAGUAUAUUGAAUUUUAAAUUAUAAUAAAAA